UCAGUUUGAAAGGGAGCGCGGGCGCCGCGCUCGGCUGUGACGGCGGAGGAAAGUGCGAGCUAGCGGAGCCUGAGGCUGGGCGGCGUCCGGGUCGGGGUGCUUUGUCGCGUCUCCCGUCGGGUGGCAGGCCAGGGCUUUGGGUGGAGAGUUGAGGACGUGUGCACUUUUCUCUCUUUUCGGGCCUUUGUCGGUAGUAGAAAUCUCUGGCCACUCGUGCUAACGUUCUAUUCGUCGGAAUGAUGGAUUUCCUUUUGGAGAUACACCCGGAAGUGUUAACGGAAGAAAUGUUGUUUCUAAGAGAAAUGGGUAGAAAUAACCCAUUUUGAGGAAGCCAUGGCAAAAUUAAAUACAAAGCGCAGAGUUUGUUCUCGGGAAUCUUCAGUAUCUUCUCUGUUAGCAAGCUGCAACCUGAGUGGUAGUAAUUCCUCUAACUCUGAUGGCUUUUUUCAGUAUAAGGAUAGACUGUACAGUUCUGCAUCUCAGGCUCUACAGGCCUAUAUUGAUGAUUUUGAUCUAAGCCAAAUGUAUCUUGGUGCAAGCACUGGAAAGAUUAACAUCGAUAAAUGUUCUGCUAAUAUGCCAGAAUUCUCCAACUAUGUUUAUAAACCAAACAAUGCUUUUGAAAAUCUUGAUGACACAAAAGAUUUGUCCUUAUCCUGUAGAGGACAGACUAUUAAUGACAUGGACUCCGUUAGCCUAACAACUGAUGAUCUAUUAAAACUUCCAGCAGAUGGAUCAUUUUCUUUCACUUAUGUUGGAGCAGGUCACGGAAUUAGCAAGAAAAGCAAGAAACGUACUGGAAGACUGAGUUCAUCCAACAGGGAAAAGAAUCAAAAUAUUCAAGAACCAGCCUCUCUCCUGGGCAAGGAUAACUUAGUUACCCCAGUUGUAUACACAAAUGUAAAAGGAAAGCAAUGUGGUAGGCUGAAAAACCCAAAACUUGUGAAAAAGGCUAAUAAAUGUGUUUCUGUACCAUCUUUAUCUUUUAACAAGAAAUCAUCUUUUAGGGACAGUUCAGAACACAAUCUUGAAAAGAAUUACCCAAGAUGGCUCACUAGCCAGAAGUCUGACCUUAAUGUUUCAGGGAUAACGAGUAUACCGGAUUUCAAAUACCCAGUCUGGCUCUACAAUCAAGACUUGCUGCCCGAUACAAAUAGUCAAAGGAUUUAUCAAAUAUUUAAAGAAGAUCACUGUUCCCCUAGGCAUAGUUACCAGGCACAAAGAACUUCUCGGCGAAUGAAUAAAUUAGAUUGUUUUGAAUAUUCUUCUGAAUCUUCAAACAAUUCACAUUCCUUGAGUGAUGAUAAAGGAUUAGUUAAUGAAUAUAAAUGUGAUUCUGAACAUAGCCAAUGUCAGUGUGACAAUCCACUUCUCCCAGGAUCCGAAAAGCCAUUCAGUGGUGACAGAAUUGAAUUGCUUAUCCUGAAGGCCAAGAGAAAUCUAGAGCAUUGUACUGAAGAAUUACCAAAGUCUAUGAAAAAGGAUGACAGUCCUUGUUCAUUAGAUAAACUUGAAGCAGAAAGAUCAUGGGAAAAUAUUCCUGUUACUUUCAAAUCUCCUGUUCCGGUUAACUCUGAUGAUAGUCUUCAACAAACUUCAAGGGCAAAGUAUGCUGACGGAUUCCUUGAAGACUUUUUAAAUAAUGAUAAUCAGAGCUGUACCCUUUCUGGAGGGAAACAUCAUGGUCCUGUUGAAGCCCUGAAACAAAUGUUAUUUAAUCUUCAAGCAGUGCAAGAAAGUUUUAAUCAGAAUAAAACCACAGAGCCAAAAGGCGAAAUUAAACAAGUUUCAGAAGAUGAUUUCUCUAAAUUACAGUUGAAGGAAAGUAUGGCUCCUAUUAAUAGGUCACUUCAAAAGGCUUUGCACCAUUUAUCUCGCCUGAGAGACCUGGUUGAUGAUUCCAGUGGGAAACAGUCACCGAAAAUGUGAAGAGGAAAAUAAAAGUCUAACCAAUAAAUAGUCACCACACAACAAAAAUGUAUUUUUUUUCCUAUUGCUUAAACUGACAAAGUAAUUAGAAGCCAUAUAUUAUUCUGUGAUUGGUUCAAGUAUUAUAUAUUUUUUAAAAACCAGACUUGAAAAUGUCCAUAGAUUUUUGUGGCCUAUCCUCAUUUUGUGCCAAACUACCAGGAGGUGAACUAGAAGGACCCACACCAUAUGUCCUAGUCUGACUUUGGUCUUCAGGCUGUCAGAUGUCUAAUAUUCGAAGAUGGAUGAUUUCCGUUCUUGAAGCUUACAUGGACUUAACCUUCUUCAGCAUCCUCAUCAUUUUAUCAUCUGAUUCUGGAUCAUUAAGAAGCUUUUCCUGGUUUCUAUCCAAAAUCUCUUAAAUAGACUCUUUUAUAAAGUUAGCAUCCACUUAAGGAGCUUGAG